AUGGCGUCGACCCCUUCAUGGACUAAAAGCUUGGCUCCUUAUACGACUGGCUGCUCUCCUUCGGCUACUGCCGCAAUAACGGCGGAGCUGGAGGAGCUUGUUCGCGUUAUUCGGAGCACCCCAGCUAUUGACAAUCAUGCAACUCCUUUGCUAGGACGAAAGGAACCAGGUAGCCUUCCUCUGCUUGCCACCAUCGCCGCCGGUAAAGGAGACAAUCCUGAUGCCGUCCAAAUGACCUUGGGGCAGCAGCGCGCCCUCAGGCAACUUGCCGUAGCUCUCCACUGCGAGCCAUCUUGGGAUGUCGUUUCUCACGCCAUCAGGAACAAACGACUUGACGAAGCUGAAUAUGUAAAAUGGGUUGCCAAGUGCUUGGCUGGUGUCGAGACGAUCCUAUUUGACGACGGGCCAAGAGAUCGGAACAAAAUGCACGACCUGACGUGGCAUGACAGAUUCAUGAGCGGCAACUGCAAGCGCAUCUUCAGCAUAGAGACUGUCGCGGCUGAGAUCAUCGACAGCCACGCAAAAGCGUACUAUCACUCAAGUAUCACGAGCUCGGGGCGACGUCGCCGUCAGUCAUCGGAUGACGUGUUUGACAGAAUGCUAGACGAUUUCGGCAUCGCCGUCAAGCAGGCCAUCGAGAACAUGGACAUCGCUGCCUUCAGCUCCGUCAUCGGCCACCGCACUGGACUUGGCAUCCGCAAGGCCGUGGAUAUUGCUGCCGCCCGGGAUUCUUUCGAGGAUAUUGUCGAGAACUAUGGGAUCCUGGGGAAGUUCACAACCGUAUCACACAAAGGCCUUGGCGAUCUGUUCAUUCACCACACCGCCGUUUUGAUUCGAGAAUAUAGCACCAACUUCCGGAAGCCCAUCCAGUUCCACACGUUUCUGGGAGGUAGUGAUGCCUCGGUAGUCAACUGCAACCCGGCACUUUUGGAAAACUUCAUCCGUGCCUACCCUGUAGUGCCCAUCAUCCUCCUGAACGCAUCCUACCCGUACGCACGAGAGGCUGGCUGCCUUGCAAGCAUGCAUCUCAAUGUGCAUGUCGACAUUGGCAAGAUAUGUCCGAGUAUCAGCCAGGGCGGGCAGGAAACCGUCUUGAGAGAGAUUCUGGAGCUAUGCCCUUGGUCAAAGAUACUAUGGGGCACUGGUGCGAACGACACCCCUGAAUCUUUUCUCUUGGCAAACAUGCAGGGUCGAGAAGCCCUGAAAACGGUGCUGUGUGACUUGGUUUGGAAAGGACAUUUGAGCUGCAAGGAUGCCGUCGAGCUUUCCAAGGCUGUGCUUUUUGAGAAUUCGAACCGGCUGUAUAACCUCGAGCUGUCGUUGUCCGGCUUGCUCGACAGCACGGAUGGAACCGAUACGAGUGAUGAAACCAGCGACGAUGAUGACGACAAUGACGAUUCUGAUUAG